AUGUCAAGCAACGCGAGUGUGACACAGCCUCGUGUCAUGGCCCUCCACUCGAUCGCAUACAUUCUCGCUGGCCUCACGGCCGGAGGUGGGAUCACUGGCUACAUUCGCGCCGGCUCCGUCCCGUCCAUGGUCGCCGGUUGCAGCGUCGGCGCUCUCUAUGCCGUUGGCGGAUACCGCAUGCAGAACCGACAGACCUACGGUGUGGAGCUUGUCCUUCUCGCCAGCAUCAUUCUCGCCGGCUCAAGCAUCCCGAGAGCGAUCAAGACGCAGAAGCCAUUGCCUAUGGGACUAAGUGCGCUAGCCGCAUUCGGCCUGUAUACGUUUGGGAUGGAGUUCGCGAGUGCGAGAGGGAAGGCUGCCUGA